CCUUUUGCUUCGCCUCUGGGCAUCACUUGUUGCUUCCGCUCUGGAUUUCCUUUCUCUGCGUGGCAGCGCGCUUCGGCUGCGCUUCGGGACGCGCCAGGGUGAUUUUGGGGGUUGAGCGCGCGCGAGAGAGGAAAAUCAAUAACUCUUGUCCUCUCUGCUCAGUCUCAGCUGGAGAUAACACUUUCAUUUCGCCAAUUUUUCUCGCUUCCAUUUCGCCAAGCUCUUCCGCCUGUCUUCUGCAAAACCCCUGGAAAAGUGACCCGAAACACCAGGAUUUUGUGCUUAGAAUCAAUUCAUCGGCAGGAUUUUUGCAUCAAUCCGCGCUUUGGCGGUUUUUUGUCUCUCUUAUCGUUUUCUCCAUUCAAUGAGUGUUGUGUGUGGUGAACAAAGCAGUGAGAAAAAGAUGAUGAAUCCCUGAAAAUCGCGAGCUCCAGGAAAUGCCAGGAGGAAUCAACUUCAAAUGCAGGAUGAAGCGACAAAAUGUACGUACUCUUUCGCUCGUCGUGUGCACCUUCACCUAUCUCCUCAUCGGCGCCGCCGUGUUCGACGCCCUCGAGUCGGAGACGGAGAGCCGCCGCUGGGACUUCCUCCAGAGCGUCCGGAACAACUUCAUGAAGAAGUACAACAUCAGCCAGGAGGACUAUCGCAUGCUGGAGAUUGUCAUCAUCGAGAAUAAGCCGCACAAGGCGGGGCCGCAGUGGAAGUUCGCCGGCGCCUUCUACUUCGCCACCGUCGUCCUGGCCAUGAUCGGCUACGGCCACUCCACGCCCGUCACCAUCGGUGGCAAGGCCUUCUGCAUGGCCUACGCCAUGGUGGGCAUCCCACUGGGUCUCGUCAUGUUCCAGAGCAUCGGUGAGCGUCUCAACAAGUUCGCUUCCGUCGUGAUCCGACGCUUCAAGCGCUACAUGCGCUGCAAGGAGACCGAAGCCACGGAGAUGAACCUCAUGAUGGCCACCGGCUUCCUCUCCUCCAUCAUCAUCACCACCGGCGCCGCCGUGUUCAGUCGCUACGAGGGCUGGAGCUACUUCGAGAGCUUCUACUACUGCUUCAUCACCCUCACGACCAUCGGCUUCGGCGACUACGUGGCGCUGCAGAACGACUCGGCGCUGCAGAACAAGCCCGGCUACGUGGCGCUGAGUCUCGUCUUCAUCCUGUUUGGCCUGGCCGUGGUGGCGGCCAGCAUCAACUUGCUGGUGCUACGCUUCAUGACAAUGAACGCCGAGGACAUCCGACGCGAGGAGGCCGAGGCCCAGAUCGCCGCUGGCCACACCUUCAACUACCAGAGCGACGUGAACGUGAGCGAGAAGUGGAUUCCCGGACAGCACAACUACUGCGCCGCCGAGCAGGACGACCAGAUGUCCGUGUGCUCUUGCACUUGCCUGGGCGGCACCGGAUGCAUCAAUCACGAACUCCUGCUGGAUCCCGGCUACCAUCCCACGGACAUCAUCACGAGCACUCUCAGUCUCGAGCGCGCGUCUGUGUGAGAAGAGAUGGACAGGAAUUAAGGACGAAUUCAUCACAAGAGUGCAAUUCUUAACAGCAUUUGAGAUCUGUUUUCGAUGUUAAAAGAAGGAUUAUGAAAGAGUGUUGUUCGAGGGGCCAAUCAGAAAUUCAGCCAAAUUUUGACAGAGAGAUUAUAAAUUGCCUUUUAGAAAUUGUAGUUCUUAUUGUUGAAAAGCGUGCUUCUUUGUAGUCAUUGAGCAAUGUUGUGUCAAAUUUUGAGGUUUUUUAUAUAAAAAAAAGCGUUUUGCCAAAUUGAUAAAAAAUUGGGAAGAAAAAAAAAUCCUCCACAUUAAAUGUGUGUCAAUUACUUCGGAGACUGUUAAGACAAGAAGUUUCCCAUCUCACAACCAAACAGAUCUCAUUAUCACAAUUGAAUUGCACUCGAAAAAACUCUCUGCAAUUGAAGGGAUCUUACAGAUUUUCUCCAAUAAAACGUACUUUAAUUGUCAUUAUACAAGUAAGGUUUACAAUGUACGUUUUUUUUCUUCAUCAUCUUCUUCUCCAAAUAUAGCAAUUUCUGUGUGUGUGUAGAAGAGGUUUACAUAUCGGCUUUACACAUUUUCUUAUCAUUAAAAUCAAAUUAUUCCCAAAUAUUCCAAUCUGGUUAUAUUAUAGAAAAUAGUCUCAAAUCUUGUUACUCAAAAACUGUUCCGGCUCUCCUUAAGAACUACUGAAAUAUUACUAUUUAUAUAUAUAUAUAUCUUCUUGCCACUAAUAAAAAGGGGGAAGAAAUCCAAUGUGUAGGACUUCAAUGUGUACUAGAGACUAUAAUUAAUAUUAUAUAUGUACCAUAUUGGGGAGAAAAUAUGUAAAUUACAAUAUUUCGCAGUUGGAUUUUUGCAAAGACUAUUUCAAUUGAUAGAUUCUAUUGAAUAAAAUAAACUUCCAUUCUUCUCUGUAUAAAAUAUCAAAGGACUAUCAAACUAAUCUCUCUGUUUCUCUCUCUAAAUAAAUGUUAGUUUAUACUAUAAAAAAAAACCACAAA